UCCUAUCCAAACAAACCCACCUCACCACCAGCCGGCUGGCCGUCUACAGACUAGGGGGGUCGAAACAAUCCUACUGAAAUCAAUUCUUGAUCCGCUGCCAUGGGAAAGAAUGAGUUCCUGACGCCAAAGGCAAUAGCGAAUAGAAUCAAAGCAAAAGGCUUACAAAAACUCCGAUGGUAUUGUCAGAUGUGCCAAAAGCAAUGUCGAGACGAGAACGGCUUCAAGUGCCACUGCAUGAGCGAAUCACACCAGCGGCAGAUGCAGGUUUUUGGCCAAAACCCUAAUCGAAUCAUCGACGGCUAUUCCGAAGAGUUCGAACAAGCAUUUCUCGAACAUAUGAAGCGUAGUCACCGCUUUAGUCGCAUCGCCGCCACCGUGGUAUAUAACGAGUACAUCGCCGAUCGCCACCAUAUUCAUAUGAAUUCAACUCAGUGGGCAACUUUGACGGAGUUUGUCAAGUAUUUGGGGAGGACUGGCAAGUGUAAAGUUGAGGAAACUCCGAAAGGGUGGUUUAUUACUUAUAUUGAUCGUGAUUCGGAGACCUUGUUUAAGGAGAAGAUGAAGAAUAAGAGGAUUAGGGCUGAUUUAGCAGAGGAGGAGAAGCAGGAGAGGGAGAUUAAGAAGCAGAUUGAGCGUGCCGAGCAGCUGAUGCCAGCUGGGAAUGAGAGCGGGGAUGGGAAUGAACAGGAAGUUCAGGAGAAAAGGUUGUUUGAGAAAUCGGAGGAGAAAAUCAAGUUAAGUUUGGGGUCAUCGUCGAAAAGUAAUCUGAAGGAGGAGGGUUCUAGGGUUGUUUUUGAUGAUGCGGAGCAUGAGACUAAAAGCGACAAGGGGAGUAAGGGCAGUGGAAAGAUGGGGAGCUCAGUGUUGGAUGAGUUGAUGAGGGAAGAAGAGAAGGCGAAGGAGAGGAGUAAUAGGAAGGAUUAUUGGUUGUGUGAGGGGAUUAUUGUGAAGGUAAUGAGCAGGGCGCUGGCAGAAAAGGGGUACUAUAAGCAGAAGGGGAUGGUGCGGAAAGUGAUUGAUAAGUAUGUUGGGGAAAUUGAGAUGCUAGAGAGUAAGCAUGUCUUGAGAAUUGAUCAAGAAGAGCUUGAGACUGUGAUUCCACAAAUUGGGGUACUUGUGAGAAUAGUUAAUGGGGCUUAUCGAGGGUCAAAUGCUAGGCUGCUUGCUGUUGAUACAGAUAAGUUCUGUGCUAAGGUGCAGAUUGAGAAGGGGAUUUAUGAUGGCAGGGUGAUUAAGGCGGUUGAGUAUGAAGAUAUCUGCAAAUUGGCUCAAUGAAAAAUGUUGACAAGAAUGUACUAACUGUAUUGUGAUCAAGUAAGUGGUAGUUGUUCUGCUCUCCAGAGUUGUUCAGUACCAUGAAAGUCUGCAUCUCUUAUGAAUGAUUGCAAUCUUCUUUCUUGUGAUUAUAUUGAGCAGUCUGCUCUGUUUCAUGCCAUUCCAUGCUUUUCUGAAUGUGUUAAGCAUUCUGGUCUCCGUAGGUUAUGCGCCAUCUUUCACGCUACUUGUGGUACUUGUAUGAAUGAGGGGCCUGGAAUUUGUAAAGGUCUGGUUCCUUAAGAUCAUCACUUCAUUAAAACUCUUUUGCAUUCUUCUUUAGGUUGCCUGAGUUUUAUAGUACAUUCUUUUACUAUAUUCCUUUCAGCUGGUAAAUUACUUUUUUUGUAAAGUUGAGAUUUGCUUGGCUUAACAACAAAGCAGCAAUGAAAUUCUUUCAUUCAUCUUCUUGUCAGCAUAAAAAAAAAAAAACCCACAAAUUUAGUCAGCAUCUUCUUGUCUCAUCCAGCAUUCUAGACAGAAAAUUGUAGUCCCCUCACAAUACCUCCUAGAAGGGAGGAGACAUGGGCUGUGCCUUGACCGGGGUAUUACCAGGCAGGUCUGUAAUCUAGACAAUUCAGAGAACUGCAAAAGUAUGUGGUUGAGGUUUUUGACACAAUUACAGUGGCAUAAGAGUUGCCCGGUUGGAUAAGUGGGAAGUUAUUGUCAGGUAUUUUCACAGAACAAGCCAGAUUUAGAAUGGAAACUCCUUAGGUUGCUGCAAAAGUUCUGUAUUCCAAAAUGACAGGCAGUGAAAGACAGACCAAAGGGAUAUUUUGAAGUUGGGUUGAGACCCCUGGCUGCUGUUCUUUCCUUAAAGUUGUAGUGACAUUAUUUACUCAUUGGUUGAAAUUCUUGCAAUAUC